UACGAGGAAAUUCAGUUCACAUCUAGAACCCGAACUGGAGAAACCAUAGUCAUAGUACAACUGAACUUCGAUAUGCCGAACAAGUCGAAGGCAAGUCCACCUGGAAGCAACCAAACCCGUUCCUCUUCCCCCGACGAGUUCCUCAUGCAGGAGCAGCCUCAUCAGCCACGUGGAUCCAAUGUGGAGUCCAUAAAGACGCAGGAUAUGGUGGAUCAGUCUACCCAGACGCGGGAUAUGGUGGAUCAGUCUACCCAGACGCAGGAUAUGGUGGAUCAGUCUACCCAGACGCAGGGUUCGUCACCUGCCUUGAGAAGUGAUGACCAGUUCCAUGGUCGCGUGAUCGAAAUGCUGAGAGCACUGAACUCGAUCUUGGCCAAAAAGGAGAUGCGGGCCACCAGGAAUCCUUUGCGCGAAGAGCGCGAUCGUCUUGAUGCGAAUCAUUCCGGAAUCAUCACGCCGAACCAGAACGAUAUUAGUUUAAUCAGCAUGCUGGGCUUGAGGAGGAGAGUCCCUCCCGAGGAGGAUCUAUCUGGGGACCAAACAGUAGUAUCACAUCUUCAGACAGAGCUAAAUCCAUAUGGGGAACCGCUUGCCAAGCGAAUGAAGGUGGAGGGUACCCAGGACAGACCCCAUGGUUCUUCCUACAAGCUUCCUAACACUACUAACGCCGUGGAAAAGUCUCCUCGUGGCAGGGUGGUCUCGCUGGCCAAUCUCUUUGAGAAGGGAUCAGUGUGGUCACAUAGACAGGACCAAAAACCACAUUCCGCUGGAAUGUAAAGAGUUCAACUAAGGUCAUCCUCCACAUCCGUCGGCGCAGAGAAUGGAGUUCCUUUGUACGCCGUGCUAUCAUGCUGAGAUU